AUGACCUACCGUCUGCAUAGAACGCUGCCAAUUCAUUCCUCCACCAACAGCAGCCAAGGACUUUUACCUAGUGUGCAGGUGGAUACGUACUUGUACACUACGCAAACCGCGACCUUCGCGCCUCACCAUUGAACUCAGGUCUUGCUCCGAUUUUCAAUUCCUGUUCAAGCAAGGUGUCUGUCUGCCACUGCAGCCGGCACAAGUGCAACUUAUUUUAUUCUUAACAUUGUUAGCAACCGUCCGGGGCACGGCUCAGCACCAUAAGAUCGAUCCUUUUACCAAGUUGCAGGACCUCAACUCGAGCUCUCCAAUUUCGUCCAUCUUUUCAAGUCAAGACAUCGACUUACCAAGCCAACUCAGCUGCCUCUCCUUUGUCCAUCCCAUUGAGACGACCGCGACAACAACAACCUGAAUCGACUUGAAGAAGAGCCUCUCCCGAUUCAGCCAUGACAUAGCACCGCGAAGACCAAACCUUUAACCCACAAACCGCAAACGCUUUUUUUCCGUCACCACCCGCUCGUCCGCCCAACACUAGUCACGCUCAGAUACUGCAGGGCAGCUGGAGAAGACGUAGCAGCAAUUGAAUCUGCAGUGGGACACGCGCCUUCAAAGGCAGCAGCUAUGGACUGCUUGCGACCGAAACCGUCCGACUCCUCCUCGUCAGGCUCUCUUCCCUCCUCUCCUCUCUCAGUUCUCUCUCAGUCGCCUUCUCUGCCUCCUACGCCUUUGCUGCUCGAUGCCUCGAACCGCUAUCCCUCCCCUAGUUCCAGCUCGAUACCCUCUGGCAGUGCUUCCCCCAUGAAGGGGCCCGAUUCAGAUUCGGCCCAGGAGAUCCAGGUCCGCACAGAUGGACCUCCUCCGACGAAGCGUCGCCGCACCGCCGCACCGCCAAGGCCCCGUACCACAGACCGGAUCGAUCUUGAAAAUCGUGUGGAAGAGGCCGAUGAGAACCUCGACAGGUUAUUGACGGCUCUGCGGAGAAAGAAGAAGAUUGUCGUCAUUGCCGGUGCUGGCAUAUCCGUCUCAGCUGGGAUCCCCGAUUUCCGCUCGUCAACCGGUCUCUUCGCGACGCUACGAGGUCAGCACAAGCUGAAGGCUUCCGGAAAACACCUUUUCGACGCGUCUGUGUACAAGCACGAUGACUCUACUGAGUCCUUCCACACCAUGGUGCGCGAACUGGCGCAAUUGACGUCACAGGCGAAGCCUACACCAUUUCAUCACAUGCUAGCCUCCAUGGCUGAGGAGGGACGACUACUACGACUCUACACCCAAAAUAUAGAUACGCUAGAUACCCAGAUGCCACCAUUAGCCACCAACGUCCCUCUGAACGCGAAGGGUCCGUGGCCAGUUACCGUCCAGCUGCACGGUGGGUUGGAGAAGAUGGUAUGCACAAAGUGCAGUCACCUGGAGCCCUUCAAUGCCGAGCUUUUCGAAGGCUCUGAAGCUCCUCUGUGCGCAAAGUGCAAGGAACAGGAUGAGGUACGCACAACAUUUGCCGGCAAACGGAGUCACGGCAUUGGCAGGCUACGGCCUAGAAUUGUGUUGUACAACGAGUACAACCCUGACGAGGAGGCCAUCGGAAACGUUUCAAAAGCGGAUUUGAAGAGGGUUCCGGACGCAGUCAUCGUUGUCGGCACAACUCUGAAGAUUCCUGGCGUUCGGAGGCUCGUCAAGGAGAUGUGUCAGCUGACCAGGAGCCGUCGGGAUGGUAUCACAGCCUGGAUCAACAUUGACCCAGAGCCUCAAGGAGCGGAAUUUAAAGAUUGCUGGGACUACGUCAUCAGGGGGAAAUGCGACGAUGUAGCUGAGCUGGUAAAUCUACCUAGAUGGGAUCAGCAGGAUAUAGGGGAUCCUACAACAUGGCUGGUGGAUGAGAAGAAGGAAAAGAGGCUAGAGGCUACGCUCAGCAAGAGCAGGGUUGAUGUACUCCUUCAACGCAAGCGCAAGUCACCUUUGUCAGACGACGAGGACGAAAAGUUGCUUGCGAAGGUGUUGACACAGAAACAAGGCGGGAUUCCGACACCAAGCGCGAGCCCCAAGCCCCGUGCCACUCUUCCUGCGCGGAAACCGACGACCAAGGCCACAGCGAAGCAGAGCAUUCUUAACUUUGGCAAAACCACGUCCUCCAAAGAGACGACCCCUGUCAGCGCCGCGAUCACCACUGGGCGCAAACCCUUGCCUGGCUCUGCUCCUCAGCGUAAGCCGCGGCAGACGAAGAAGAAGGAGGUUGUUAAACCACAGAACGCCAUCAACCGUAGCUUCAAGGCCACAAAAGCUGUGGCUGCUCCAGGGAAGGAAAACGCGAAACAGAUUCCCUUUGACCCGGACACGUCUUCGGAUCUGUCCUCGCCGCCUCGAGAUUUCGACAAGGACGUGCCCACAGUGCUUCCGUCCCUGCGGCCAACGGCGGUGAAAGUUCCUCGCCCAACCAUGACUACGAGAAGCAGGUCUAGGACACCUAGUGUCGGCUCAAGCCAGUCGGGAGCACCGGGCUCGGGGCGGGACAUGACGCUGACUAUCUCGCCCAAGUCGAAGCCUCGGGGUAUAGGGCAUCUGAUCGACUAAGGCUUGGACCAAAACGGCAGUGGGGUGAAACAUGAUUGAUUUUGGGUCAUAGAGGGUAAAAUAUGUGAGGGGGUUCGGCAGUCUUGACCAUCAAAAACAUGAGAGUGGUUUGGGGCACAUGGUUUGGCAAGGUCAGGCAAAAGGCACAUGGGCGAUCUUUACGUCUUCAAGUAUCCGGUCUCUCCCCGUCGAUGUACAAUAGCGAUGGACAAGGUCACGGAUAGCGGAUGGUCGGUUUUGGUUGGGUGGUUGAUUAUAGAUGGGUUCGGUUUCUCUUCGUUUUCUUCCUUUCUUCUAGGAGGUAUAUAUUAAGAGGACGGGCAAAAUACUAAGCAAAGUCACAACACAUCAUUGUAGGCGUAUCUUCAAUAUCGUACAAUAGUAGAAAUAUAUAUAAAAGAGAAUUUUUUU